AUGGUUUCCCGAUAUGUACAACAAGAAUCGAAAGCAGCUUUGCCUGAAGGUUGCUCAGAGAUUCAGAGACAGACGCCCCAAGCGACCAGCGGAGUUUAUGACAUCCAGCCAGCUGGAAGCAACGCUCGACUCAAGGUGUUCUGUGAGAUGCGUCCAGAUGGUGGAUGGAGAGUGUUUCAGAGACGAAGCGGACCAGUGGUGUCCUUUGCCAAGAAGUGGAACUUUUACAAACACGGUUUUGGAUCUCUGGCAUAUGACCAUUGGCUCGGUCUGGAGAGAGUCCAUCUUCUAACUAAGGACAAAUAUAAAAAGUGGACUUUGAGGGUGGACCUGUGGGACCAUGAAGGCGGCACUGCGUAUGCUGAGUAUAACAACUUCAAAAUUGGAAAUGAGGCGACUGCUUAUAAGCUGCAGGUUGGGAGAUACAGCGGAAAUGCAGGCAAUGCCAUCCUUGGGACUUAACCAGGCGACGACCAAAACUGCUUUGGCUUGAGCACCAUCGACCACGACAACGACGGCUGCUCCCCGUGCAUACUUGAUGACAUCAUUAGAGCGGAGUGCGCCUUUACAGAAGGUGGCGGCUGGUGGUACAGCCACUGUGGCUCUGCCAGUCUGAAUGGUGAAUGGCAUCCUACCGGCGACCACAUCGGCUGGGCUUCGGGUCUCCACUGGCUCACGUGGAAACCUCCCGCGCCGUAUUCAGCGAAGGCCACCAGAAUGAUGAUCAAGCCCAUUUGA